AUGAUGGAGAGCGUUGACGAGAAAGGCGGCCAAGUCGUCUCGAUUAAGGAAACCCAAGUUGGCAAGCUCGACUCAGUCUCACAUACCAUUGAAGUCGAACCCAAAUCCAAAAUCCCAAAACUGAUGAAACAGGAUACCGGUAAAAAUGCUUCAUCGCAUUCCUUACUUCCUACUUUUGAGGAGGAGGAGGAGAAGGAAAACAAUUGUUUGUACCGAUCCAGAGCCAUAGCUAAAGCUGGGAUGCUUCAAGCUAAGACAGUUGUGAACGCUCCAAGUUUCGCAGAUUUGUUAAUCUACGCUCAGGAGGUGCUGAUGCUCACAGCAGAACUUAAUCAGCUCGGUGUUGCACUUCUGCAAGCCCUAUUGUUGAAGCAGAAGGACAAGACGGUAGAAAUUUAUGAGAAGUGUGAUUGUGGACUGCGAGAACUAGCAACGAUGAUUAAACUCGUGAACAGAUGCGAGGGUCGCCAGAAGGCACGGGCUAUUUUCACUGAAAAUGAGCUGUAUAGCAAUAUACCGGAUGUGAGCAUUGAACCUCCGGAGUAUUGUAUUAUUGUGGGUGCUUCUCCAAUUGAGUAG